AUUAUCUGCUGUCCAGCUCGGAGAGUUGCGUGGUGUACGCGCAAUCCAGAGCUCGAGAUGGUGCAAGCCUCGCUCUCCUCCGGUCCUCACAUUACUGCAAGCAGCACCAUCACACCUACGUGCGACUCGUGCUGCUCUCCCGAAAGACGACUUCCUCCACUACGGACAGACUAGGAGCCUCUCGAGUACGAUGACCAAGCUCGCUGCAGCGGAACGCUUCCUAGCGGACAAGGCCGCGCCUUAUUGCAGUCUCAAUGUCGCCAAGUCCUUUGAGCUCCUCAGCCCGAAGGAAAAGAAAUACGCGCACUACAUCGGCCAAGCCUCUUGGGCGGGCGCACGGAUCAUUCAGGGCCAAUGGACCCCACAAGCGGAGAAGCUCUACGACUUGCUCAUCUUGACGUUCAGCGAGAACGGGAAGCUCGUGGACUUGGAGGCGUUGCAACAAAAGAGCGGUGUCUCAGCCGAUGAAUUCGAUGACCUGCUUCAGUACACUGGUCAGGUCCUAAGCAACCUUGUGAACUACAAGUCAUUUGGCUUCACCAAGAUCGUCCCGCGGAUCCCAGAAGACAAGUUCGCCGCCGUAGUAGAGAAGUCCGCCAACGCGGCCAACGCGGUGCCCCUGUGGAACGAACUCAAGGGUCCCAUCUAUCAGCUCGACCCCGAGCCGAGCAACUCCAUCGGCAAGCGUUCGCUUGGACACAUCUCGAACUACUACCUCGGGGAGCCGCCGACUGACGAGGAAGUUGCUGCUAUCCAGGCCGCGGCCGAGAAGCUCAGCCUCUCCGUUUUGAACACUCGUGUACGGAAGGAUAGCCCUGAUACGUUCGCGCUCCUCAUCGCGUCCGCGGAGACUAAGCCCAAGGAGGUUCAUGAGUUCAAGAUUGGCGAGAGGCACGCGAAGCUGAGCAUCGAGUAUGGCGACUUCUCCGAUGCCCUAAAGAAGGCCGCGGACGCGCUGGAAGAGGCGAAGAAGUACGCUGCUAACGACCACCAAGUCGGCUUCCUUGAGAAGUACAUCGAGUCAUUCAGGACCGGUUCUAUUGAGGCCCACAUCAAGGGUUCCGAACACUGGGUACGGGAUGUCGGUCCCGUCGUCGAGAGCUACAUCGGCUUCAUCGAGACUUACGUCGACCCCUAUGGUGGCCGUGCUGAGUGGGAAGGCUUCACUGCGAUCGUCGACAAGACCCUGAGCGCGAAGUACGAGAAGCUCGUGAACGAUGCCCCCGAGCUGAUCAAGGUCUUGCCGUGGGGCAAGGACUUCGAGGUCGAUGUCUUCCGCAAGCCGGACUUCACGGCACUGGAGGUGUUGACGUUUGCUACGGGAGGUAUCCCUGCGGGUAUCAAUAUCCCAAACUACUAUGAGAUUCGGGAGGCACAUGGGUUCAAGAACGUGUCAUUGGCCAACAUCCUGGCAGCCAAGGCACCCAAUGAGGAGCUGACCUUCAUCCACCCCGACGACGUCGAGCUCUUCAAUAAAUGGGACUCGCGUGCUUUCGAGCUUCUCGUCGCGAACCACGAGCUCCUCGGCCAUGGAACCGGUAAGCUCUUCAAUGAGACCGCGGAUGGCACGAAGAACUUCGACCCUGAGAAGGUCAUCAACCCUCUCACUGGCAAGCCCAUCACCUCCUGGUACAAGCCUGGGCAGAGCUGGGGCACCGUGCUGGGAGAGGUAGCCUCGUCCAUGGAGGAAUGCCGCGCUGACACUGUAGGCCUAUACCUGAGCAGCAACAGGGACAUCCUCAACAUCUUCAAAUACACAGACCAGCAAGACAUCGACGACAUCCAGUACAUCACCUUCCUCCUUACCGCCCGCGCCGGCGUCCGUGCCCUCGAGUUCUACGACCCCGUCAACAAGAAGCACGGCCAGGCGCACAUGCAGGCCCGCCUGGGCAUCACCCAGCACCUGAUCAAGUCGGGCAUUGCACGCCUAGAGGAGGUCCGCGCUGCGGACGGGACGCUCGAGAACGCGUACGUGCGCGUCGACCGCGAGAUGGUACUGAAGGAGGGCAGGGAUGCCGUGGGCAGGCUCCUUGUCAACAUCCAGGUCAGGAAGAGCACCGCGGACGGUCCUGGGGCGCGCGAGUACUACACGGAGCUCACGACACCCCUGCCGGGCUGGGAGGGCGAGCUCCGGGACCUUGUGCUGAAAAAGAAGCUGCCGCGCAAAAUUUUCGUGCAGCCGAACACGUUCGUCCAAGGGGACGAGGUCGUGCUCAAGGAGUACCCGCUUAACCCCGCCGGUGCCAUCGAAAGCUUCAUCGAGCGCAAGCUCUGAGUGCGAUCGGCACUCAGUCUCUUGGUGUUCCCAGUCUCUAGGGGGAGGGAACGUGCUCGGGUUCUUGGCAGUAGCUGCACGUUGUCGCACCAAGAUAAAACUAUAUAAUAAGGUUGCUAUGGAAGCUC